AAACCAAAUGCUCUAUGCUAUAUGCCCUGGAGCUUUACUAGUUUUGGUGUGGUCGUCUCCGCGGCUUCCCUCGUCUCGCUGCAAUGUCGACCGCGAAGCCUCAGCGAUCCCUUGCAGAGAUUGAGGACAUCAUCCUCCGCAAGAUCUUCCUUGUCUCCCUCUCCCGACCCACCCAAAACGAACCUAAGAUUGCUUACCUCGAGAUGACGGCCGCCGAGAUCCUCAGCGAAGGCAAACCCCUUCUCCUUUCCCGCGAGACCAUGGAACGCGUCCUCAUCGAUCGCCUCUCCGGCGAUUUCCCGGCAGCCGAUACUCCUUUCUUCUACCUUGUUGGCUGCUUUCGCCGCGCGGGGGACGAGAUCCGAAAGGUAGCAUCAAUGAAGGAUCCCUCCGUUCGAUCCGAGAUCGAGUCGGCUAUCAAGCAAGCAAAGAGAUUAUUCGUCUCAUACUGCCGUAUUCAUGUCGGCAAUCCGGAUAUGUUCGCUGCUGGGAAGCCCGCGGCAUCCGAACUGCUUGAUUUGAUAUUUUCGGAGGUGGCUUCUCCCAUGGAUGGCGUCAAUAGCUUGGGAUCAGGGAUCAGUUGUCCUCCUGGAUUUUUGGAUGAGUUCUUCAGCGAAGGGGAUGCCGAGAGCUUGGGACCAGUUAUGAACGAGGUGUAUGAGUUGCUGAGGGCAACCGUGGAGAGAGUAUCGGCUCUUGGUAACUUUCAACAGCCGCUAAGGGCUUUGCAGCUUCUUGUUAGGUAUCCCGAAUGCGCUAAGGCUCUGGUAAAUCAUCCGAAUUGGAUACCAAACCAGUCAUACUUCUUUAUGGGAGAUGGAAGGGUUAUGGAGUUCAAGAGCAUAUUAGGGGCUUUCCUUCAUGUCAGUGCCUUGCCUGAUUACAAAGAUUUUAAGAGCACACCGGACGUUGGACAACAAUGCUUCUCUGAAUCAUCAACUCGUCGGCCAGCUGAUCUUUCAUCAUCUUUCACAACAAUUAGAACUGUUAUGAAUAUUCUUUAUGAUGGUCUAGGAGAAGUAAUCCUUACCCUCCUUAAAAAUAUUGACACACGAGAUAAAGUUCUCGAUUAUAUUGCAGCCAUGAUUGUGAAAAAUUCAGCUAGGUCUGGUAUGCAGGUUAAUCCAUUGUCUUGUGCUAGUUCUGGUUCAUUUGUCAAUCUAAGUGCAGUCAUGCUUCGACUCUCUGAACCUUUUUUGGAUGCAAAUGCAUCAAAGAGAGACAAAAUUGAUCCAAAAUAUGUGUUCUUCAAUAAUCGUGUAGAUUUGAGACAAUUGACAGCUAUACAUGCAUCAUCUGAAGAGGUUGUUUCAUUCAUGGAAAAUCUCAAGAGGAUUGAAGAGGAAGAAAAAGGGGAGAACCGUGUGUUGCAAUCCUUUGAAGCGUCAACCUCUGGCAAUAGUAGUGGAAGCUAUGCCUCUCCAAGCACCAACGUAACAAAGAGUUCUACUGGAAAGAAUAAAUACUCUUUUAUUUGUGAGUGUUUCUUUAUGACUGCAAGAGUUCUUAAUUUGGGACUGAUGAAGGCACUAUCGGACUUCAAACGUAUAGUUCAGGAGCUGGCAAGGUUUGAAGAGGAUCUCUCUACAUUUAGAGAAAUGAGAGAACAAGGAGCUAGUCCACAACUUGAGAACGAUAUAAGUCGCUUGGAGAAAGCAGUUGAGAAGUUAUCACAGGAAAAGUUCUGUUAUGAAGCCCAAAUAUUGCGAGACGGAGCUCUACUUCAGCAAGCACUAUCUUUCAAUAGGUUAGUGGUCAUAUGGUUGGUUAGUCUUGUUGGUGGCUUCAAAAUGCCUCUGCCAAGAGAGUGUCCAAUGGUAUUUGCAUGCAUGCCAGAACAUUUCAUUGAAGAUGCUAUGGAUUUACUCGUCUUAACUUCUCGAAUUCCAAAAGCCCUUGAUGGGUUUUUGCUGGAGGACUUCUUAAACUUUAUAAUCAUGUUCAUGGCUAGUCCAUCUUAUGUAAAAAAUCCAUAUCUGAGAGCAAAGAUGGUCGAAGUGCUGAAUUGCUGGAUGCCACAACGAAGUGGGGUUUCUUCCACAGCUUCGCUUUUCGAAGGACACACGUUAUCUCUUGAUUAUCUACUCAGGAAUCUCCUAAAAGUGUAUGUAGAUAUUGAGUUUACUGGUUCUCAUAAUCAGUUCUUUGAUAAAUUUAGAAUUCGCCAUAACAUUGCUGAGCUAUUAGAGUAUUUAUGGAAUGUCCCUAGCCAUCGCAAUGCGUGGAGGAAGAUAGCUAAAGAAGAAGAGAAGGGUGUCUACCUGAAUUUUUUGAACUUUCUUAUCAAUGAUAGUAUCUAUCUUCUAGAUGAGAGUUUAAACAAAAUUCUUGAACUUAAAGAAAUAGAAGCAGAAAUGUCCAAUUCUAUUGAAUGGGAAAGGAGACCAGCUCAAGAAAGGGAAGAAAGAAUGCGUCAAUUCCAUUCUCAAGAAAAUAUUAUUCGCUUCGACAUGAAGCUGGCAAAUGAAGAUGUGGGAAUGCUUGCGUUCACGUCCGAACAAAUUCCAUCUCCUUUCCUUCUUCCAGAAAUGGUGGAAAGAGUGGCUAGUAUGCUAAAUUAUUUUCUGUUACAACUUGUUGGACCUAAGAGGAAGUCUCUUAUUGUAAAAGAUCCAGAAAAAUAUGAGUUCAGACCAAAGCAGCUUCUAAAGCAAAUUGCUGAGAUUUAUGUUCACAUUGCAAGAGGAGACCACGAAAAUGUGUUUCCAGCUGCAUUAUCGAUGGAUGGGCGAGCAUACAAUGGAAAUUUGUUUACUGCCGCUGCUGAUAUUUUGUGGAAAAUUGGGGAAGACAGCAAAGUUAUCAAGGAAUUUGUUCAUCUUGGUGAGAAAGCUAAAGCUGCUGCUUCUGAAGCAAUGGAUGCUGAGGCGGCCCUUGGUGACAUACCAGAAGAAUUCCUUGACCCUAUUCAGUACACCCUGAUGAACGAUCCAGUAAUUUUACCAUCAUCAAAGGUCACAAUUGAUCGACCUGUAAUCCAAAGACACCUUCUUAGUGAUAAUACCGAUCCAUUUAACCGAUCUCAUCUGACUCAAGACAUGUUGAUACCCAAUGUGGAGCUUAAGGCAAGAAUAGAAGGAUUCAUCAAAUCCCAAGGUUCAAGGAAUCAAAGCUGACAAUUUCACAUUAGGUACCGAAGAAAAAUCUAGUCCUGUCAUAUUAUUCUUUUAUGAAUCUUCUUAAACUUAGGGGCUGGCCAUGAAUCGAGAAGUAAAAAUGGUGAUUUGCUUUCAUUACAAGGUUGCAAGAGGUUUGGAUCAGUUGUGUAGAGGAUAUCUAUGCACAUAUUUUAUUUCUUCGACUGCAUGAAGUAUAUAUAUAUAUUGUAUGAUCAUGCCAUGAUCAGGUCCGAUGAGUUAACUUAGGCUUCGUUUGGGACGGCUUUUUUAUUACUUCUUAAAGCAAUUUUUAGUACAAAAGUUUAAAUUUUUGUGCUAAAAAUCUGCUUCGGAAAGCAGUAAGAAAGUUGUCUCAAAUGAAGCCUAAGUCACAGUUUGGCUGUCCAAUGUAUAGUACUAAAAUCAUUAACAGUGAACCACUAUCCCUUCUUUCAAUGGUAUGUAAUUAAGUUAUUAUGUAAGCUCUGUGCACUGAUAAUGGGGCAGCUAUUCAAGUUUCUAUUACCCUAAAAUCUUAUUGCCUUUGAUAUAUAAACUAAAUAGGAAA